AUGGCGGGUGCUAUUUGCGGUGGCAACUUGGUGAGUGUGUUCGGCGCGAGCCAACUCGGGAGCUUGAGGCGGUUCGUGCUGAGAUCCGGCGAGACGAGCUUUGAACGUCGAGUUCUCGCGCCGAAACUGAGAGCCUCCUACUCAGCCUACGUCGAAACUAGGCCGCCUCCGCUGCCACUGGAAUCUACUGUGCGUCAGGAGAAACUCGGCGGCAACCAGAAUGCAUUAGCUUGUCCCAUAUGUUUUGAGCCGCUAACGUUCACUGGCGAUCCAGUGUUGUCUGUGAAUUCUGCGUCCGGGUCUACUUUGCAGUGUGGCACCUGUAAGAAGGCCUAUGUGGGAAAUGAAACGCUUGAUCUUACAACAACCGGUGGAACCAAGGAAUAUGGUGAACCCGUGCCCUUUGCUAGCGAGCUUUUCAGGACUCCCUUGGUAUCGUAUCUGUACGAGAGGGGAUGGCGUCAAUAUUUUGAAAGUUUGCUUGGUUCUCCGGGUCCAGAGAAAGAGUUUGAAUUGACUAUGGGAUUCCUCAAGCCAGUAUUGGGAGGAAAAAUUGUCGACGCAAGUUGCGGGAGCGGUCUGUUUGCAAGACUAUUUGCCAAGAGUGGACUGUUCUCUCGCGUUAUUGCUCUGGACUUCUCCGAAAAUAUGUUGAAGCAGUGUUACGAGUUCAUUCAACAGGAGGAGAAUUUUCCAGAAGAGAACUUCGCAUUGGUCAGAGCCGACAUCUCUAGACUUCCUUUUGCUUCGAGUUCUAUUGAUGCUGUGCAUGCUGGUGCUGCUUUACAUUGUUGGCCUUCGCCAUCAACGGCAAUUGCUGAAAUCAGUCGAGUUUUACGGCCAGGUGGAGUUUUGGUCGCGACCACACUGUUGCUUGAUGGUCCUUUUGCAUUGUUUCCUCUUCUGAGGCCUUUAAGCCAGAUUUCAACUCAACUAAGUGGCAGCCACAUAUUCCGAUCUGAAGGCGAGCUAGAAGGUCUUUGCAGAACCUGUGGGCUGAUUGGUGUUAAAUUUGUGAGGAACAAGCGAUUCGUCAUGAUCUCCGCUUCCAAACCCAGCUGAGAUUCCGGAUGCGGGUUCAUCUAUUACUUUGAAUAAAUGGAGCAAACAAAAUAGUCCACUUCUUAUUGUUUAAAGCAUAGGAUGAUAUGGUAAAGGGUGCCCUCUUAAUUUAUUGAUUUGCAAAUACCGCCCGGUUUGACGGUUCAUG